AUGAUUUCCGGUCUCGGCUUGGAACAGUUUGAUUACUCGGAAGAGCAGAGCGGAUUUCGGUAUGGCUGCCGUUCUGAAAAGAGCAGGGAAUCAAAUGAGAAGCUCUUCAACCCCUAUCAAUUUUUCGGUAACGCAGGAUCUUGGCCACGAGGCUUUCCCCUGGAAUACUUACAGGUGAUUCCAAACGAGAUUGAGAUUAGCGUUCUGCUGCUCAGUAGGACUAUUUCGAAUAUAUUCGUAGCCCAGUGUCUUGCACAAGCUUUUCAGAACCAUACCAAUGAUCGCGACCAAUUCUGCCUAUGUCACAAAAUGCGUACGGCUGCGGUACAGCAAGGUCUCGUACACAACGAUCCUGACGUCGAUGCUGUAUACAGGUAUCCACAAAAGUCACUGAAAAAGCUUGAAAUUAUCUUCUCGUUUUUCAAGAGCAGACACGCAACAAAGAACCUUUGA